AUGGCCCAAACCAUCACUAGAGGUACCAAUGUCACAAAACCAGGAUGCCCUAAGCAGUGUGGGAAUGUAACGGUUCCGUACCCAUUCGGUAUUGGCUCAGGCUGUGCUUUUGAUUCGGGGUUCGAAAUUGACUGCAACAUUUAUAUUAAUGGUUCUCAGAAAGCCCUUAUAGGAAAGUACAAUAUUGAAGUGUACGACAUUUCGGAUGCUGAAUUGCGCAUCUCCAGUGACUUUGGUUGGAGAUGUUAUGACUCCACCGGAGCUCUGCUCGAUCAGGAUAUGGUUUCCAUCACAUUUUUAGAAUCAAGUCCGUAUAGUUUCUCUGCGCUGAAUAGGUUUACUGUAGUUGGUUGCGAUGACUAUGGUUCCAUCUCGGGGCCUAACAACUUUGAGUAUGGCUGCAAUGUCAGCUGUACAAGCAAAGAGGAUGUGAUGAACGGAGGAGAGUGUAUGGGAAAAGGCUGCUGCCAGAAACAGAUUCCUAAGGGAUUGAAAUACUAUAACACAACCAUGUCUAGCACCGGAAACCAUACCGACAUUUGGUCAUUUAAUUCAUGUGGCUAUGCAUUUCUGGGUGAGGCUGAUCGCUUCCUUUUCCGAGGCUUGCCAGAUCUAGGUGAUGAUCUAACUGUUGAUUAUUUUUAUGAGAGGUUAAAGGCCACUGUGCCCAUUGUCCUGGACUGGGCCAUCGGGAGUCUUACUUGCGCGCAAGCUCUGAAAAGAGAGGAUUAUGCUUGUAGAGAAAAUAGCCACUGUGUUGAUUCGGAUACCGGUCUUGGUGGCUACCGCUGCAGCUGUAAUACAGGCUAUCAUGGCAAUCCUUAUCUCAAUCAAGGCUGCCAAGAUAUUGAUGAAUGUGCUGAUCCAAGCACCAAUUUGUGUGAAAGGAUAUGCAUAAACAUCCCGGGGAGUUAUAAUUGCUCUUGUCCUGAUGGAUAUACCGAUGAUGGCAAAAAUGAUGGUCGUGGUUGUAUUCCUCCCUACUCUGUAUUCCCAUGGAUCAACUUCUCUUUAGGUAUCGGAAUCGGCUUUAUCUCCCUAGUGGUUGGGAUAACCUGGCUCUAUUUCAGCAUCAAGAAAAGAAAAUUGAUUAAAGUCAGAGAGAAGUUCUUCCAACAAAAUGGUGGUUUAUUAUUGAAACAGACAAUCUCCACUAAAGAGGGUGGUGUGGAAGCAACAAGAAUAUUUACAGCUGAGGAGCUCAAGAAAGCUACAAACAAUUAUGCCAAUGACAGAAUUCUUGGUCGUGGUGGCAAUGGGAUUGUAUAUAGAGGUGUGCUACGUGACACUCGCAUAGUUGCCAUUAAGAAAUCUAGAAUUGUGGACGAGAGUCAAAUAGACCAAUUUAUCAAUGAAGUGGUCAUUCUUACUCAAAUCAACCAUCGAAACGUGGUAAGAUUUGUUGGGUGUUGUUUGGAAGAUGAAGUUCCUUUACUGGUUUAUGAGUAUGUCUCUGAAGGAACUCUUUACGAGCACAUUCACGACCAACGUGGAGCGGGUUGGUUAACUUGGCAAAACCGUUUGAGAAUUGCAGUAGAGAUAGCCACUACACUUGCUUACCUUCACUCAUUUGCGUCCAUGCCUAUAAUUCAUAGGGAUGUUAAGUCUGCCAACAUAUUGUUAGAUAAUGUUUACACAGCUAAAGUGGCAGACUUUGGGGCUUCAAAGUUAAUUCCUCUGGAUCAGUCACAUGUGGCUACAUCAGUUCUAGGGACAUCAGGGUACUUGGAUCCUGAAUAUUUUCGUACAAGUCAACUGACUGAGAAAAGUGAUGUUUACAGCUUUGGAGUACUUCUGGCAGAACUUUUGACAGGGUUGAAACCUGUAAUUAGAGAUGGAAACGAUGAGCAAAAGAAUUUGGCUGAUUAUUUUGCUUCAUCCAUGAAUAAGAAUCGCUUAUUUCAAAUUCUUGAUCGUCGUGUUUUGCAAGAAGGGAAUUUUGAGCAACUUCAAAAGAUGGCUGAGCUGGUGAAGAACUGUCUUCACUUGCAAGGAGAAGAUAGGCCUACAAUGAAGGAAGUGGCUAUUGAACUUGAAGGUUUGAGGACGUUUACUGGAAUCUCUUCGUUUAAUCAACAUGGACAGAGAGAUAAUAAUCAGGAUGAAUUAUCAGAUCUUUACGCAGUUCACUUAGACUCCAUACCCCCAAUUUAG